UCCAGCAAAUUGAUUGAAUUUACAGAGACUAGCGAAAAAUAUGAAUUAGUUGGAGAUGCUGAUAAGGGAAAAAGCCUGAGCAUGCGCAUCUACCUUGCAGGUCAGUUGCUCGAGUCACUCGAGACGGAUUCUCACUUUACUGUCUCCACAGGGUCAUCGACAACAGCAGACGACUCAACUGACUCAAUAGGAAUCACUGCCCUCGGUGAAUGCUAUCUGGGGAAUAGAACUUUUGCCCCCGAAGGUGAGCCGCCAAACCCCGGCUCGCAAAUUUGGCGAGAGGCUGUUAUGCAUUCUGGAAAUCGGGUUCAACAAUGGCUAUCUGUUGAAUGA